UGUCGCUCUCGCCUUGUCUCGUUCUGUUUCGUCUGUCUCGUCUCGCUCACCCCCCACACUCGUUCCCCACGCUCGCUCCUUCCUUCCGCCGUUUGACACGACAAGACUCGACGACAGCACACCACAACCACGAUGUUCGCCGCCGCUCUCGCCCUCCUCGCGCUCCCCCUCCUGGCCAAGGCCGACUUUGUCGACGGCUGCACGCGUACCGCUACCGUCCAGGCCGGUGACACCUGCGACGCCAUCUCCACAAAGUACGGCGUGUCGACCUUCCAGUUCGCGCUCGUCAACGACGCCACCGUCGACGAGAACUGCGACAACCUCCAGCCCGGCCAGGUCGUCUGCCUCGGCGUCAACGGCCAGGACUGCUCCAAGAUCUACACCGUCGUCGAGGACGACACGUGUGACUGGAUCCAGCAGCAGUACGGUAUCGCCAACGAGACCCUCUACGCCAACAACCCGCAGAUCAACGCCGACUGCACAAACAUUUACAUUGGCGAGGUGCUCUGUGUCGACACCAAGGCGUUCACCUACCCCGCAUACAACGCCACGCUCUUCGAGGCGCUGCUCCGCUCCACCCCCGCCGGCUCGGCACCCCGCCUGUCGCGCACCCUCAUCGCGCAGCCACCCCUCCUGCCAACGGGCACGGCGCCGCACCCGCUCCCCACGUCGAUCAACCAAAAGUCCCCAGAGACGGUCGCGGCAAAGGAGCACAUGGCCGGGCUCGUCGCCAACCUCAAGAACCUGAGGGCCAAGGCCCGCGAGGGCGGAGGCAAGAAGAGGCUCGAAAAGUGGAAGGCUUCGGGAACGGACAAGCUCGGCGCCCGUGAGCGUGUCCAGGCGCUCCUCGACCCCGACAGCGCGUUCCUCGAGCUCUCGCCCCUCGCCGCGCACGAGGUGUACCCCGAUGACCUCCCCGGCGCCGGUAUCAUCACCGGUAUCGGAACCGUUUCGGGCCGUCGCUGCAUGAUUGUCGCCAACGACCCCACCGUCAAGGGCGGCGCGUACUACCCCCUCACUGUCAAGAAGCACCUCCGUGCCCAGCAGGUCGCGCUCGAGAACCGUCUCCCCUGCAUCUACCUCGUCGAGUCGGGCGGUGCCGCCCUGCCGUACCAGGCCAACGUCUUCCCCGACGCCGACCACUUCGGCCGCAUCUUCUACAACAUGGCCCGCAUGAGCGGUCUCGGUAUCCCUCAGAUCUCGGUCACGCACGGUAUCUCGGUCGCCGGUGGUGCCUACAUGCCCGCCAUGUCGGACGUUGUGAUCAUCGUCAAGAACCAGGGACGUAUCUUCCUUGCCGGUCCCCCGCUCGUCAAGGCGGCCACGGGUGAGAUUGUCGACGACGAGACCCUCGGUGGUGGUGAGAUGCACACCUCGGUGUCUGGUGUUGCCGACUACCUCGCCACGUCGGAUGCCCACGCCAUCCGCCUCGCUCGCGAAGCCGUCCUCGACCUGGGCAACGCGUCGCCAAAAUCCAUCCCCCCUCCCCGCGAGGUCCGCGCCCCCGCAUACCCUGUCGAGGAGCUCAACUCGAUCGUCCCCCCCGACACCCGCCAGGCGUUUGACAUCCGCGAGGUCAUCGCCCGCGUGACCGACGGCUCCGAGUUCCGCGAGUUCAAGAAGGAGUACGGCAAGACGUGUAUCACUGGCUUUGCCGAGGUCCACGGCCACACGGUCGGCAUUGUCGCCAACAACGGUGUGCUCCUCUCGCCCUCGGCACUCAAGGCCACGCACUUCAUCGAGCUCUGCUCGCAGCGCGGCAUCCCCCUCGUCUUCCUCGUCAACGUCUCGGGUUACAUGGUCGGCGAGAAGGCCGAGAAGGGCGGUAUCGCCAAGGACGGUGCCAAGAUGGUCCGCGCCGUCGCCCGCGCAAAGGUCCCCAAGUUCACGGUUGUCGUCAACGGCUCGUACGGAGCAGGCAACUACGGCAUGUGUGGCCGCGCGUACUCGCCCCGCUUCCUCUUCAUGUGGCCCAACGCCAAGGUCUCAGUCAUGGGCCCCGACCAGCUCUCGAGCGUCAUGCAGACCGUCUCGGGCAACAAGCACUCGGACGCCGACAAGCACUUUGCCGAGCUCCGUGAGCGUAUCGAGAAGGAGUCGGAAGCGCUGUACUCGACCGCCCGGCUGUGGGACGACGGCAUCAUCGAGCCCAAGGACACGCGUGACAUUCUCGGCCUCGCCCUCGAGGUCGCAGCAGACGAGAAGGCUUCGCGCAAGCAGGGUGGUGGCAACGGAAACCGCGGCGAGAUUGGCGCCGACGGUGACAGCGGCGACUGGGGCGUGUUCCGCAUGUAAACUAGACAUAGGAUUAUGACGGUUGUUUCGAAACGACACACUGGUGGUGCAGCAGCACAGGAUGCAGAGUAAUGGAAAUGCAUGGAACGUGCAGAGGCAAAUGCUGCAAUGCUGUGUGUGUAGUGUAGUAGAGGAGUGGUGGUGGUAGUGGGUGUAGUGUUCUAAGCCUAGUCUAGCUCGCGCGGAACCUC